AUGAUGAUUAUCUAUAUUUAUUUGUUAGUGUGUAUAUUCCAAUAUUUUUACAGUAUAAAUUUUGAAACUGGAAAAAAUAACCUAAAAACAGAAUUAUGUCUCAGAAGUGGAAGAGUUUUAGCAGAAAGGCAACAAGGAACAAGAAGUAGAAAUGUAAGAUCAACCAGGGAUAUUAAAGGCAAUUUGAAAGUUUGGUUAGAUACUAUUGAAGAAGGUUUAUUUGAUCGAAUAGAAGAGUUAAAAAGUAAUCUUACACUUAGGAAUGCUAUGGAUUUUUCACAAUGGAUGAACAAAAAGAGUGAUAAUAUUACUUAUGUAUUAAAUAGAGUACCAGAUCCUAUUGAAAAGAAAAUUUUAAAUGAUACAUUGACUUCAUGGAGAAAACUUACAGAUAAAGUUUUAUUAGAUCAAAUAUCAGAUACAUAUGUCCAUAGAAUGGUUAUUCCACAAAAGGUAGCAACUACUAAUGGUUUGUCAAUUACAUCUGCAACAUCUAACCCUACUUCAUCAUCUAAUUCUACUUCAUCACCCACACCUACUCAAUCAUAUAACUUAACUCCAUUUCCAAUAUCUACUACAUCACCUGUAUUAACCAUAUCUCCAACUGUUUUACCAUCCGCAUCUGAUUUAUCACCCACGUCUGAUUUAUCAUCUACAACAUCUGAUUCUCAUAUUCAUACUACUACCUCUUCUACAAAUGAUACAAGUGAGUCACCUACUGUUUUUCCUACAAAUGAAAUAAAUAGUACUACUUCUUUAACGAAUAAUCCAACUGCAUUAAUCCCUACACAACAUGGUGGUGGCUUAACUGGUGCAACAUGCACAGGAUUAUUAUGUGCACCAGCUUUUGCUGCUCUUCCUAUUUCUGUUGUUCUUCUUGGGGUAGUUUUAGUUUUUGUUCUUCUUUAUAUGUAUACUCCUGUUGGAAAAUUUCUUGGAAGAGAUAAACCAAAAAAAAAAAAAGCAAAAAAAAGAUUAAAUGAAAUACCUAUGGAAUGUAUAAAUUCUCCUCAAUUGCUAAAAGUAAAAAAAAAAGAAAAUGCAAAGAGAAGUGUAUUAGAUAGAUUUCUUCGUGCAUUCGGUUACGACAAGAAUUUUCCCUAUAUAGAUGAAGAGAUAGCCUCAGAUCAAGUAAUAUAA